AUGUUUAUAUAUGUAUAAUAAACUUAUGCUUUUAAAAUUUUAGGAUUCAAAAAUACAAAUAAAUUAACCGAUCCGAUUCAAGCUAAGCAUUCGAAAAUGUAAUUUAUUAUUGAUUAAUAGGUAGGUUAUUUCAAAAUUAAACUAUAACUUACAAGAAGCUAUAAAUACAAUAACUUAUCUAUGAAUCUUUAUAGUUGUAUGUUUCACUACAAAUGUAAGAUUUUAUUAAAUAAAUAGUAUAAACUUUUUUUCAGCAUCUAAUAUUCGAUAUAAAAUCUAUAUUAGAUAAAUGUAGGAUAAGAAAUAAUAUUUUUUAAAGUUUUAAUUUAUCAUUUAUUUAGCUAGUCAAAAAGGAAUAGGGAAUAAUAUCAAAGAGAUAAGAAUUUAAUGGGACGAAAGAUACACUUCUAUUUCCAUAAAGCAACAUAUUUUUAUAACUGUAUUUUAUGA